CAAGGGAUGGAUCCUUUAUCCUUCCUCCCUCAGCCCCCUUGUUUUGCGCUAAGUGGGAGUUUGCCUCGCUCUUUCCUCAGCUAGUUACAUUUUGCUUCUCGCGCAUCCAACGGUCGCCCUUCCUGCCUCAUUGACCCGCCUUCUCUGAUUCGGUAUCGAGCGCGCGAGCGACGAACGCAGGGCAGGGGCAUAGUUAGCGAUACGGACUCGAAUCCAGUCGCGCGCGGUGCCGUUAGAGACUCUUCGCCAACGUUUUGAGCUCUUUUCGUAUCACAGACGCUUGUUGACGACAUGGCGACAUUCGGCAUCGAGGCGCAAGACGUAGUGCGAAUCAUCCUUCAGUUCUGCAAGGAGAACGCGCUACAGCAGACGCUACAGGCGCUGCAGGACGAGUGCCAGGUGCCCCUGAACACUGUCGAUUCCCUCGAGACCUUCGCCGCUGACGUCAGCAACGGGCGGUGGGAUGCAGUGCUGCCGCAGGUGGCUCAGCUGAAGCUUCCGAGAAAGAAGCUGGAGGACCUGUACGAGCAGGUGAUUCUGGAGCUGGCGGAGCUGAGGGAGACGGAGACAGCCAAGUCCAUCCUCCGACAGACGCCCACCAUGCUCGCCAUGCGCCAGGAUCAACCCGACCGCUAUCUCAAGUUGGACCACCUGCUGGCACGGGCGUAUUUCGACCCUAGAGAGGCGUAUGGAGAUUCCACCAAGGAGAGAAGAAGAGCGGAGAUUGCACAUGGUCUUUCGCAAGAGGUCACCGUCGUGCCCCCCUCGCGCCUCAUGGUGCUCCUAGGCCAGGCCCUUAAGUGGCAGCAGCACCAAGGUCUACUCCCGCCCGGCACGCAGUUUGAUCUCUUCCGAGGGACAGCAGCAGUGAAGGCGGAUGAAGACGAGGCAUACCCCACGCAGCUCUUGCACACCAUCAAGUUCGGCAAGAAGAGCCACCCCGAAUCGGCGCGCUUUGCUCCUGAUGGCCAGUGCCUAGCCUCCUCCUCCAUCGAUGGGUUUAUUGAGGUGUGGGACUUCCUCACAGGCAAGCUCAAGAAGGACCUGCAGUACCAAGCAGAGGCCACGUUCAUGAUGCACGAGGAGGCGGUGCUGUGCGUGGGGUGGAGCCGAGACUCGGAGAUGCUCGCUUCGGGAUCACAGGAUGGCAAGAUCAAGGUGUGGCGCGUGCGCACGGGGCAGUGUCUGCGGCGCUUUGACAAGGCGCACUCACAGGGAGUCACGUCUGUGGCGUUCUCCCGGGACGGAAGCCACCUGCUCAGCGCCUCGUUUGAUGGCACAGCAAGGGUGCACGGGUUGAAGUCAGGCAAGACCCUCAAGGAGUUCCGUGGCCACACAUCCUUUGUCAACGAUGCUGUGUACUCUGCUGACGGUGGCCGCGUCAUCACUGCCUCCUCCGAUGCCUCGGUCAAGGUGUGGGACGUCAAGUCUCUCGAGUGCCUGCACACAUUCAAGCCGCCGCCUCCCCUCCGAGGCGGGGAUGCAUCGGUGAACUCAGUCCUGCUCUCCCCCAAGAAUGUGGACCACGUCUUUGUGUGCAACCGCUCCUCCUCCAUCUUCCUCAUGACGCUGCAGGGGCAGGUGGUGCGCAGUUUCACGUCGGGAAAGAGGGAGGGUGGUGACUUCGUGGCCGCAUGCCUGUCGCCCAAGGGCGACUGGAUCUACUGCAUGGGGGAGGACGCCAACAUGUACUGCUUCAGCUUCCAGAGCGGCAAGCUCGAGCAUCUCAUGAAGGUGCAUGACAAGGACGUCAUCGGCAUCACACACCAUCCCCAUCGCAACCUCAUCGCUACCUUCAGUGAAGACUGCACCCUCAAGCUAUGGCAGCCCUAGUCUCGUCUAAUCUCUGAACUUAGAUCCAACUUACUACUACUGACUGACAGCCAGAGUGGCAACAGUAGAGCCAAGCUUUGGCUGGCAGCCAUUGCCUUUGUCUGCUCAAGCUAUGGCAGAUAUCUGUGUGUUGAGUGAGAGCUCUACCUCCUGCGACAGGUACCGUACAAGAGAUGCACGAAUGCUGCUGCCGAGUAACCUAUGGGCAAACUGUCAGAAACCCAGUCACUAACCACUGGGUUAAAAGGGCUUGUUGAAUAACGGGUAAGUGCGCCCAUAGCCCCCCAGGCUCUGCACCUGUGGCCCUUUCCCGAGGAUCUCAAGGGCAACCCCAGCGGGUCACUCAACACAAACAUCUGGGAAGACAAGUCGAUAAAAAAGAGCUUUCAUAAUAAGGCCAUCAUAAACUGCAACGAUGCUCAUCCGAGCCAUGACUAGAUAGUAGAUACUAUAUCUCAGCCUCACCUCUUCACCCACAUGUUGGAAAGUUGGUGGCAUGUCUGUUAGUGCUUCACUUGACGUUUUUUUU